AUGUCUAAUCAAAAUAUUGAACGAGAAAAGCUGGAUAUAGAGUCAUCUCAAGCGAGAGAAACCCGACUUGGCAAAUUGCUAUCUAGCAUCACUUCUCCUUCGGCGGAAUCACCCAAUACCACGCAACUUGCUUCGCCACCUAACCCCAUCCCAAUGAAGCCAUCUGCUGUUCCUGAAAGUGACGUGUUGGCACGAGCAAGGGCUUUUCUUCCGAUGAUACAGGCGUCAAAUCAAGAAUUGUUAGCAAGAGCAGCGGAGGAUCCUGAUUCAGUAGACAUAGAAAAGAUCAAUGGGGACCAUGCUAUAGCCAUGGAUUUAGGCUUGGGGGUGUUUGACGCUCCCAAAGGUUCGAAAAGCGAUUUGGGACCGAUGGUAAACACUCAACUGCCAGUGGGACAUUCAGAAGACGAUGACGAUCAAGGUACAGGAGAGAGCUCAGAAUCCUCUUCAAGUAGCGAGAGUGAGAGUGACAGUGCGGAGGAGGAGACGAUAUAG